AUGCACCUGCGGGACGUUCCCGAAUAUCCCGCGGAAUGUUUUCCUUCGGAUAUGCGCAUAUACCCAUUCACCCGUGAGCCAAUCGAGGCUGCAAGCCGGGAGGUCGAAAGUUAUGAAGUGAAAGUCAUAAGGCAGCAUCCAAUGAGUCUCCCGCAGAAGCAACUAUGCGCCUGGGUGCAAACACCUGGCCCGGAGGCGACUAUAGAAUUCCGGAAUAUCGAAGUGCCCACAACGGGUCCAGGUGAGGUGCUAGUUAAGCUCGAAGUGUCUGGGGUAUGCCAUUCAGAUCAUCAUUCGAUUUACGGGAAUACGCCAAUGACGACUCACAUUGCCGGGCAUGAAGGUGUGGGGACUAUCGUUGCAGUUGGACCUAAUGUCUCCGAGGAUCUUCUGAACAGAAGGGUCGGAGUGUCAUGGCUUCAUCGCGCUUGUGGCAAAUGCGAAAUUUGCAAAGUGGACUAUACUCACUGUCCACACCAAGAUAACUCAGGAAGAAAUGUAUCGGGGACCUUCCAAGAAUACUGCCUAGCCGACGCCGACUACGUGUUUGAUAUCCCUACCGAAAUUCCGGCGACAAUAGCCGCACCACUACUCUGCGGAGGCAUCACUAUGUACGGCGCUCUUGUGCGAGCCGACCUCCAUGUCGGCGAUUUCGUCGUCAUUCCCGGAGCCGGCGGUGGAUUAGGCCAUUUAGGAGUCCAGAUUGCGGACAGUAUGGGCUUGCAGGUCAUCGCAAUUGACUCAGGUCCGGACAAGGAGGCCAUUUGUAGGGAAUCCGGGGCCCGCCACUUCUUCGAUUUUCGGAAAAGUGGCACAUCUCUGGUGGAUGAUGUACGCUCUGUCACAGGAGGCAUUGGAGCACACGCCGUUCUAUGUAUCACAGGCGCGCCGUCGGCUUAUGGCAGCGCUUUAGCAAUGGUACGGAGUCUAGGGAAACUCGUCUGUGUAGGCAUUCCACCGGCGUCAUACCGGCUCGCAGUCAACCCUUUCGAGAUGUUGGUCCGAGGCCUGCGAAUCAUCGGGUCAACUGUGGGUAACAAAUCACAUAUGUCAUCGUUGAUGGAUCUCGUGCUUCAGGGCAAGGUAAGACCGACGGUUCAGGUCUACGAAUUUUCAGAAUUACCUGAUGUUAUGAAGAAGUUGGAACAUGCGACAGUAGCGGGAAGAGCAGUUCUAAAAAUUUCAUAA